AUGCAGUCACUGCUGUAUGAUGCUGGUCUGGUAGCUGGGGCGAUCCCCACAGCCGCAGCAGUGAACCGGGUACUCAGAGACGGGCUGGGGCAAUGGCGCAUUACGUCGUCCGUAGCUCUGGAUGUAGCUGUGCUUGGAGAGAUCUUAACACCUUUGGCACCGGGCAGUUUCCUGGUGAUUGCAUCAUUGACCAAUGUAGCGAAGAAUGUGGCGUGGCUGAGUGCUAGUGCAACACGUGCAGGUUUUCACAACUCGUUUGUAAUUAGAGAAAAUCUGGCCGAUGUGACGGCCAAGACGGGCCCUCAAGGGAUCGCCCAACAAUUUAAAUUACGUACAAGUCGGUGGCGUGCGUGCAGUUGCGUACCCUGA